UCUUUUGUGUUUUCCUCCUGUUUAUAAAUUUUUGCCUUUAGUUUAUAGCUAGUUUCUCUCUCUCUCUCUCUCUCUCUCUCUCUCUCUCUCUCUCUCUCUCUCUCUCUCUCUCUCUCUCUCAAACAACAAAUUUCGUUACAUUCCUUACUACUACUACUACUACUACUACUACUACUACUACUGCUAGUCACAACCACUAACUGAAAAAGAGGAAGAAGAAAAAGAAGAAAAAAAAUAGAAGUUUCCUCCACAAAUGAGAAGUAAAGAAGACAAGGUGAGGGUUGUGUCUCCCUCCUUCUCCUCCUCCUUUAUCAAGAAAAGGUAGCAGUUUCUUCACCACUACUGCUACUACUGCUGCUACUGCUGCUACUACUGCGGCAGAACUGUGACUGGCUGCUCUCACCCACGCUCGCCAUCCACUCAGCAGCAUGGCGCCGCGCCGCCAGCCGGCCACGCUGCAGCAGCAGUGCGUGAAUCACCUGGCCUGUCGCCUCGACCACCUGUGUGACCAGCACGCCCACGCCCACACCCACGCCCACCUGUUGGCCGCCGCCGCACACCUGGACGCCGUGCUGCCCACGGCCCUGCAGGCUGCCAUAGGAGAAGAGGUGCUGGUGCUGACGGAGGCGCGGCAGGUGACGCCCUCCCCGGCUCACGUGCGUGUGCUGCUGCUGCUGCGGGCACAGCGGCUGUCUGCCAGCGGGUCUGUAGUGCAGAGCGGCGUGUUUGAGGAGGGCGCCAAUGGUUCGCACCUGGAGGCCCUGACGCUGCUGUACGGGGGCUGCGGGGGGCGCGCCGCACAUCUGUACAGCUUCCUGCACACCGCGGCGGCGCUCACCACGCUGGUGUGCACUGAUUUCUGCGACAACACCAUGAUUGACAUCGUAGCGCGCACCUGCCCGCGCCUGCACCUGCUGGACCUGCGCGGCUGCUACGACGUGACGGACGAGGGCAUGGUGCUGCUGUGUGGGCUGCAGCAGGGCCUGCGGGGCAGCCUGGAGGCGCUGGGGCGCGGGGACGUGCUGCGGCCCACAGCUCCGUGCUGCGCCUCGCUGCGGGAGAUCAAGCUGACCAUGACCAAGGUGACGGAGGCGGGCGUGGCCAUCAUCUUGCUGGUGCUGACGGACAUACACAUCCUGCGCGUGCCGGACGUCAGGAUGGAGAAGCUGUUCAGCUUCCUGCAGACUCUGGACCACAAGGACGUGCAGUGCAACCUGCGGGAGUUCCACUCGCGCGAGAUUCUCAACGAGUUCCAGCUGGAGGUGCUGGUGGGCCUGUGUCCCAACCUGCAGUACCUCCAGGUCUCCUUCACCGGCACACCUGACAUGGACCUGGCGCGCUUGCGCCUGCUGCCACGCCUGCAGAAGUUGCGCCGUGCCAAAUUCGCCGACGUAAACUGCGACGCCCUGGAGUGGUUCCUGCGCGAGGCGGGGGCGCGGCUCACGCACCUCUUCCUGUACACGUACCACACCAGGUUCUCGCAGCAGAAGCUGAGCAUCAGCCGCCGCCACCUGCAGGUGCUGGCCUCGCACUGCCCGCACCUGCAGGCGCUGUGUCUGGACGGCUACAUCCUGGGCGAGGACGCAGACCUGCCGCACCGCCCGCCCCACCACGCCGACCUCCACUACUUCCGCGAGCUGACGUGCCUGCAGGUGGCCUCCAUGAAGCUGUCCGAGGAGGACCUGCAGGUGUUCCUGGCGCAGAGCCGCGACCUGCGCGUGCUGGAGCUGGUGCUGCACAACCCGCACGUGCUGCACGACCGCUUGCUGUGUGACCUGCUGGACGCCGGCGUGUGGACCAAGCUGGCCAAGAUCCGCGUCCUUAACUCCCCGCUCACCAGCCGCGCCCUGGCCCGCCUGGUGGCCGAGUGUCCGCGCCUCAGGGAGCUGGGCUGCCUCUACACCUGGCUGGUGCCCAAGGAACACGUGGCGAAGUUCAAGCACAACGUCAGGACGCAGAACUUUGACAUCGAGAUAUACUAGCACCGCCACCACCACCACCACCACCACCACAGUGCCAUGGCUGUGGUCACUGUGGCGGCGGCAGUGCCGGGCAGUGUUCAGGACACCGUGGUGUUUUGCCUCCUGGAGGUGACGUACAAGAUUCUCAGUAGUGUUAUUGUUACUGUUGUUGUUUUGUUGCUCUCGUUGUUUGCUCUUCGUUAGGGCCGCCGCGGGGAAGAAGGGGAGGGAAGCAACACACACACACACACACACACACACACACACACACACACACACACGUCGUACCUUUCCUAGCAUAUCACACUCAAUAUAAUUGUAAGUCAAAGAACAUUUUCGUAAACUCAAAAGACGUUAGUGCGUGCGUGAGUGCGUGCGUACGUUCUCGUCUGUACGGAAUUGUCGUGGCGCGUGUACGUAAUCCAGUGACUUGUGUACGUACGCGUUACUUUUGUUAUUAUUAUUAUUAUUAUUAUUAUUAUUAUUAUUAUUAUUAUUAUUAUUAUUACUAUUAUUAUUACUAUUAGUGUUGUUGUGGCUGUGAUGAAGUCUGUUGUGAAUAUCGUUUAUUUUGUUAUUGUUGUUGUCUGUUGUUAAUAUCUGUCCAGUACUCACUAUUAUUAUUAUUAUUAUUAUUAUUAUUAUUAUUAUUAUUAUUAUUAUUAUUAUUAUUUGUUAAUUUGGUAAGCGUUGACCUUAAUAGAAGAGAAACUAUUAUAUACAUAUUGUCUUUCAUCAAUAUUAUAAAUAGUUCAAUUCUUUCCCUCUA